UUCACUCUCGAAUCUCCUUGCACCUCAUUAGACACGGAAGCAAAAUAUUUGCAGAUGAGUAAAAUUAUCUUCAUCCUCUUCAUUUUCUUUCUUUCUUUCUUCAAUGUUUCUCAUGGAUUCUUCUUCUUUAUCUACCUUUGGUUCUCUCUAUACUGAACUCGUGUCAGUUCGCACCAGAGAACAACAAAGGGAAGAGUCAAAGUGUCUGCUAUGGGAGACUCGUUUUCUUGAAGAUGAUGAUGGCGAUGAAAGGUGGCGACGAGGCGAUUCUGUUUUGGCUUUCGCGAAGGGAACUCAAAUGUCACAUACGCAAACGCCAAAAUAUGGUGGCACGAAAACAGCUUUUGAGUUCUUGUAAUGGCGGGUUCUACGAAGGGUUUCUUGUUGCCGGCUUUCGUCUCUAUUUUUCUAUACGUACCGUCUGCUAGCCAGCGCGCAAAAGCACCUCUUCUUUUCUUGGUGUCUUCUUCUCUCUUUUCUCCCUGAAAUGAGGUCUAACAGAGCGGGCGUUCAGGAACCAUAUAUCCGAGGUCGUUAUGAUCCAUACUUCAAUGGUCUGUUAAGAGUUGACAGUGACCCGAGGAAUCAAGCUUCUUUUUCUGACAUUCACAGAAGUCCUGGAAAUCAGAAUUUUUUUAGGUCGACUUCUGAUAUAAGUGAUACAAGAUUUGCAAAGCUUGAAUUAGCCAUGUCCUCUGAUAUUAUAAUCAGAUCUUAUGAACAUACUUCAUCAGAAGCUUUAUCAAUUGUUACUAAAACAACUCCAUUUACUAGUUCAAAUGUUCAGUCAGAGUCAAGCCUUGAGUUGGGUAAUCCAAGUGAAUCAGUAGACUAUAGUCCCAAGUCUAUGGAAACUGAAGAUAGCCAUACUUCAUCUCUUCUAGUGACACCUUCAUUUGAAAAGUCAUAUAUCUUGAAUAGAAGGAAGCACGAUUUCUCGAGGAUUCCACUCCCGAGGUCAGCAGCAUCAUUUUAUAAUGGGUACUCACCACAAAUGGAAAUUGUGGAAUCAUGUCAAGGCAUCAAAAGACUUAACUUGUAUCUGAAAGCAAGAAGAGACGACCUCCAUGCUGGUGUCCCUGGAAGAUUCUUACAUGCUGUAAUUGGGCAAGAUGGCUCUGAUGUUGGCACUGUUGCUUCAACAAUAAUGUAUUCUUUCUACUUGAGUGAAACUCUUGAGAAUGAUCAUUUGUGCACUGUGCCUGUCAUCAACAUGAGGAGAGCAGACCUGAAUUCCCAUGCUGAGCUAAAAUGGCUCCUGGAUUUUUGUCAAAUCGAUCAGUCAUCCUUAAUCUUUGCAGAUGAAGUUGACCUGUCAUAUUAUGAUAUAUUUGGUGGUCUAAAGCUAGUUCUUCUGAAUGGUGAUAAGCUACCAACCAAACAAGAGGCACUAAAAGAAGCAGUAGUUGAAAUCUUCAAUUGCAGAAAGGAGAACUCUUUAUAUCCUUGGGUUGAGACUAUUACUGAGGGGCAGGAUUGUUCAUGCUCCACGCUUGUUGCUGAGAAGUUUGCCCUGACUUCACCUGAAAUAUUGGCUGGGCAAGGAUUUAGUCGACUUCUGUUAGCUGGCAUCCUCCUAGAUACUGGGAACCUAACAUCCCCUGGUUGUACCUCCAAAGACAAAUAUAUGGCUACAUUGUUGCUCAAUGGUGCUGGCCGUUUUGGUUGUGAUGGUCUUUACGAGAUAUUGAGAUACAAGAUGUUUGAUGUGUCCACUCUUAAAUUAGUGGAUGUCUUGCGGAAGGAUUUCAAGAAGUGGACAAGAGUAGGUCUGGAAAUGCACUAUCCUCUUGUGUUAUUAUUUGAUAAAAACUAGAGCAUCUGACCCAAAUUUCUGUUGCUUCCUCUUACUUUCAAUCUGAAUAUGGAUGUCAGUUAUUGAUUUGA